AUGGAAGACGCUGGCGAGGUGCGGGCUGGGGGAGAAGCUAAAGCCAAGGCAGAGGACAGGGAUGCUCUGGCAAUUGACCAGGUCCCCUCAGAGGACAUCCCAAAGCCACGGGUUAUUCCAGGUUCAAAGGGAACCCUGAAGCGCAUCUUUGGGACCAGCCAAGUGUUCCUGGAUUUGGAUGAUAUAAAACCAAAGGUCAUAAAGUUAACGGUGCCUCUCAAAGUCAGAGAGUACUACCAGCGAGCCCAUCAGUGCCUGGAGCAAGAGGACUGGGAGAUGGCUGUGCUAUACUUCUCCCGUGCCCUUCACCUGGAUCCCCAUGUGGUGGACUUCUAUGCCUGGAGGGCUGAGGCCUUCAUCCAGCUGUGUGACUUCUCCUCGGCAGCCCAGAACCUUCGAAGGGCAUAUUCCUUCCAGCCAGAGAACCCCAAGUACCUGGAGCGGCUUGCUUUUGUGCUCUACAUUCAGGGCCAGUGCUUAUAUGAGCAAUGCGAUUACCUGGACGCCCUGAACAUCUUCUCUCAAGGCUCUACGCUCCAGCCCGACAAACCCUGCUUCCGCUACGGAUGCAUAGCCUGCCUCAUGGCCCUCAAACGGCAUCAAGACUGCCUCUCACUCAUCACCAAGGAGGUGAAGCAGGGCACCACCAAUGCCGACAUCUACAUCCUCCGGGCCAGGCUUUACAACUUCUUCCAGAAGCCCAGGCUCUGCUAUCGGGACCUUCGCAGCGCCUUGCUGCUGGAUCCCAAGAACCUGCAGGCCAAGCUGCUGCUUCAGAUGAUGGUGGACCAGGCCCAGCAGGCCCGCCAGGACGCCGGCAUCCUGGCAGUGCAGGGCCUGCUGCGGCAGGCGCUGCAGCGCAUCGACUCUGCCAUCGAGAACAACCCUCUGGACCCUAGCCUCUUCCUCUUCCGAGGCACCAUAUACCGCAGGCUCCAGGAGUUUGACAGGGCCGUGGAGGACUUGCUGAAGGCACUGGACAUGCUGUCUGACGACCAGGAUAAAAUGGUGCAGCAGGCACAGCGCCAGCUGCUGCUGACCUACAACGACUUCGCGGUGCACUGCUACAAGCAGGGCGCCUACCAGGAGGGCGUGCUGCUGCUCAACAAGGCGCUCCGCGAGGAGCAGCAGGAGAAGGGCCUCUACAUCAAUCGCGGCGAUUGCUUCUUCCAGCUGGGCAACCUGGCCUUCGCAGAGGCAGACUACAAGCAGGCGCUGGCCCUGAGCCCGCAGGACGAGGGCGCCAACAUGCGCAUGGGCAUGCUGCAGGAGAAGAUGGGCUUCUGCGAAGAGAAGAGAAGGCAGUUCCAGAAGGCAGAGAACCACUUCUCAGCGGCCAUUCAGCACAACCCCUGUAAGGCCCAGUACUACGUGUACAGGGCCAAGAGUCGACAGCUCCUGCAGGACAUCUUUGGGGCCCGUCAGGAUGUUGCCACUGCCCUGCUCCUGAAUCCCAAGCAACCAAAGCUUCUCCCACUGAUUACCAGCCUCUUCCCGGGCAUGUCAGUGGAGGAAGUGCUUCAAAGCCAGGUGGCCCAACUGGCCAGGCUGCAGCUGAUGCAGAUGGGGAAGAGUGGCCCUCGGGCCAGCAACCUGGAGGACGUUGUGGGGAUGCUGAGGGAGCGGGAACUGGAGCGCGAGAAGGCCAAGGCCCUGCUGCUCUCGUGGAAGUGGGACCAGCCUUUGUUUGAGAGCUCCAAAGAGCCGGAGCCCACCCCCCAGGCACUGCAGGUAGAGCCAGCAGAGGCCCCAUCUGCCAAGGAGGAGGAGGAAGCAAAGGAGAAGAAAGAGGACACCCAGGAGCUUGCCUCUCACAAGGUGACAUCCCUGUCAGAAGGCUACCUCGACCAGACCUCCUCAGGUUCCAUCUUCCGCUACAGGGUCAAGUCCACCUCAGACUCCACCAUGUCCACCAUCUGCCGGGGAUACAGGAGCAGCCCCACCACCACUGCCACACCCUCUGUCUCCUCACCACAGAAGACCCCAUCCUCAGACACUGAGGUCAACGAGGACCACCUGAGCCCUGACCUCAGGAAGACCCAAGCUUCCCCAGAGAGAAGGCAGAGGCCCAGCAAGGCUGAGGCCACCCAGGACCAGAUCCAGAGCUCCAGCAAGACCCCAGCUGCCCAAAGUCAAAGGUGCUUCUCCAGAAAGACAGCAGCUAUCCCAGAACAGAGCCAGAAGGCUGGCAGGACAGAGGCCACCCAGGGCCCAAAGCAGAGGCCCAAGACCAAGGGUACCCGGAGCCCAAGGCAGAGACUCAGAAGGACCAAGGCUGCCCGAGACCAGAGCUGGAGACCAGGCAGGGAUGAUGUCCCCCAGGACCAGAGCUGGGGACUGAUCCAAAAUUCCAGCAAGAUUCAGGUUUCCCAGGAUGUCAGCAAAACCAUGGUCACCCAGGACCAGAGCGGGACACCUAGUAAGACAGAGGCUGCCCUGAGCGCAACUCAGAGCACGGGCUCCAGCUCCAGCAAGACUUACAGUACCAUGGCAUCGAGCCCAAGGCCCAGCAAGGCCAGUUCUACCCCCAGCCCCAGCCAGGGCCCCAGCCAGGGCCCCAGUGAGACGGAAGCUGCUGAGGUCACGGUCAUUGUGCUGCUCCCUGAGGAAGCUCAGUGAAACCCUUGCU